AUGGCGGCUUCUGGUCUCAUCGACCCGACCAAGACGGGCAACUAUCCCGUCAUCCUCGGUGAUGCUCUCCUGGGCAAGGCUUCGGACGGCAUCUUUACCGGUAUUCGAUAUAACCACAAGCCAACACUCUCGUCUCCCUCCGCCCCAAACCUGGCCCGCCUGAAGCCCUCCGUCCACGGCAAGACGGCCUCAUACGACCUCAGCUACACCGACAACGACGAAAAGUACGCAUUCACCGGCACGAGAAACCUCGACAGCAACCAGUAUGUUCUCUACUUUGACGCGAGCCGCGAAGCCUUCAUCCUCGACCGCGUCGAUUCCACCUUCAACAUGAACGUCACACGACUCCCUGACAACUCGGACCCCGACAGCCUGCGCCGUCAGUUCCCUCACAUCGACAGCAACACCGGCGCUGCGCCAAAGGCAGCACCCGCAAAGAACGAAAAGACGGCCGAGAAGCCGGCAGCAAAGGCCCGCAAGCCCGCUGCGCCGAAGAAGGAGGCCAAGCGCAAGGUCGAGAAGAAGCAGGCUCCUAAGAAUAUUGAGCUCUCCCUGCCUAUGCCCAUGCCCGCUCAACCAGAGAAGAAGAAGGAAGAACCCAAGCGACGUGCGCCGCCACCAGAGGAAGAGGACGAGGAGGAUGACGAUGACGACGGUGGUCUCCUUGUCGAAUACCCCGGGGCCGACACGAGCAACAACCGCAGGACCGACUUCUCUCCCGCCUUCCCGUCUGUCCGUCGCUUUGACGAGUUCAUGGAUCAGCGAGAAUCAGAAGGCGACGACGCCGACGGAGAGGAGGAUGACGACCCCGAUUUCGACUUUAAGCUGCCCAGCCCCGUCAACAACCAGAUACAGCGACAUAACGAGCCGGAGCCUAUGGAAGUUGACUACGGAAACCAAGAAGCCGAAGAUUCCGAGGACGACCUUGCUAAGGACCUGGAGAAUGCGUUUGAGAACUUUGAGAACAGCCAGCAGGAGAGCCCCGACGGCGAUGAGAGCGAGAUCAGUGAAGAAGACUAG